GGCCGACAUGAGCGGCCGCCAUCGCGUCUGAGGCCGUCCGGCCGCGCCCGCCCGUCCGCCCGCCGCUGACCGGCUCAGUGACGCGCCGCCAGUGUGAGGUGACGCGCUCCGAGGUGUGAGCGCCGGCUGCCGUGGUGCCGCAGUGCAAUGUGCGCCUAGCCGGCCGUCGGAGCAGCCCCCGGCUGGCACGCAGAGGCGCGCCUCCCGCCCGCUCGUCCGCCCGCCAUCUUGGUUAUGCCGGCCGCGCCCGGCUCCGAUCGCGGGCUCGGUCCCGCGCCCAGGUGACACUUCCAGUGACGGAAUCGGCCGCGGAUGAGGAGACAAGAUUUUUUAUACUUAAUUUUUAGCAAGUAUGAAUGAGCUGGACACGUUGCGACAAGAGGCGGAGACACUUAAAAAUGCUAUUCGAGAUGCGCGAAAGGCAGCAUGCGACACCACGCUGGUGCAGGCCACCUCCAGCAUGGAGCCCAUCGGGCGGAUACAGAUGCGCAACCGGCGGACCCUGCGCGGCCACCUCGCCAAAAUCUACGCCAUGCACUGGGGCUGCGACUCGAGGAACCUGGUGUCGGCGUCUCAGGACGGCAAGCUGAUCGUAUGGGACAGCUACUCGACCAACAAGGUGCACGCCAUCCCUCUGCGCUCCUCAUGGGUCAUGACCUGCGCCUACGCGCCCUCGGGCAACUUUGUGGCCUGCGGCGGUCUCGACAAUAUCUGCUCGAUAUACAGCCUGAAGACCCGGGAGGGCAGUGUGCGCGUCAGCAGAGAACUGCCCGGCCACACGGGCUACCUGAGCUGCUGUCGGUUCGUCGACGACAACCAGAUCGUCACCAGCUCGGGUGACAUGACCUGCGCACUAUGGGACAUUGAGACGGGCCAGCAGUGCACGGCGUUCACCGGCCACACCGGAGAUGUCAUGUCCCUCUCGCUGGCGCCUGAUAUGCGCACAUUCGUCUCCGGCGCCUGCGACGCCUCCGCCAAGCUGUGGGAUAUCCGCGAGGGCACCUGCCGCCAAACGUUCUCUGGCCACGAAUCGGACAUCAACGCGAUAGGCCUCUGGGACCUUAGGGACGGCACCUGUAGGAACACAUUUCCCGGCCACGAGUCGGACCUAAACGCGGUCACAUUUUUCCCGAACGGCUACGCGUUCGCCACGGGCUCGGACGACGCCACGUGUCGCCUGUUCGACAUCCGCGCCGAUCAGGAGCUGGCCAUGUACUCGCACGACAACAUUAUCUGCGGCAUCACCAGUGUGGCGUUCAGCAAGUCUGGCCGCCUGCUGCUGGCCGGAUACGACGACUUCAACUGCAACGUCUGGGACGCCAUGCGCACAGAGCGGGCCGGCGUGCUGGCCGGUCACGACAAUCGGGUCAGCUGUCUGGGCGUCACCGAGGACGGCAUGGCCGUCUGCACCGGCUCCUGGGACAGCUUCCUCAAAAUCUGGAACUAGCCGGCCGCGCCGCGCCGGCCGCCACCAGACUACGCCGCUUCCGGGCCGGGCCCGGGGCCGCCCGGACCGCGCACACCGGUCGCACACCCAGCUAGGAUGCUAUGAAUGACGGGACCACGGAGUGAGCGCACACCUACCGCCAGAGGGCGGCAGCGCGCGCGCCCCCACAGUGAGAGCGCGCGCGCGCGCAGCCGGCCCCACUGACACACACAGCGAGAGAAAGAGAUGGGCGAGUGGUCGGACGAGCGAACGAGCGCGUCUGCCUGCCUACUGCCAUACAAGAGACGGUGUCUGGUGCGAGCGAGAGAGAGCGAGAGAGCGAGUUAGCGACUGUGAGGAGUCGCCGUCGCCGCCUCCCGCGCGCUCCCGCCGACGUGACGCGCGCCCGGCGCCCGGUCGCCUGGCCUCUAGUCGCCACUGAGGGCGCUCCGCGUGGCGCGCGCAGAACGAGAGAGCGCGCUUCUUCAGUUGAGCGUCAGUAUAUCGUUUUAUUUCGGCUUACCUGGAAGAAGGGCAGCGGCGCGAUGCGCCAGCUGGAGCGCCCGUCGCCGCCGCGGGCUGCGCACCGCCGAUGCCUGCGCGCAGCACUGCUCGCCCCGUGCGCGCGAGCGCCCGCGCCAGACUACAUGUAGACUAUUGUGUUUAACGGCAAAAUAAUCAUCAUGUGAUUUGCUGUGAAAAGUCAGUUAUUUAUAAUGUGGCGUUUUACAGGUGUCUCGUGUCGGAGCGGGGGCGGGUCCGAGUCGAUGGCGGCGCGGGUCUGGGUCCGCCGCCGCGGCGCCGCCGGCCGGCCCACCGGGCGGACUGCAGCGCGGCCGCACAACAUCCUCCAGGGCUCAGGGUCGUGCUGCCGUCAGCCAACUGGGCCGGCCGGCGCCAGGGGCCGCCGCGAGCCGCUGCCGGGCCGCCCGGACACCCGCGGACGCCACCGCCGCCGCCGUGCCGCCAGCCGCGUGCGUCAUUGUUCGUGUUUCUUAUACGAGUAACAGUAAGUAGUGGUGAGCGUCAGUUGGCCACGCGUGCGCGCUGUUCUCGAGACGUCUGUGGCGCGCGUCAGCCUGCCAAAGCCCCGCCCCGCCCCGCCCUUCCCCUGGACUGAGAGCGUGGUGCGCCAGCCAGGCUGUGUCACGUGUUAUUUGUAGUCACCCACAGGGAGAGGGCAUGCCGCCGAGUCGCGGCGUCCGCCGCUCGCUUCUGUUUGGUUGUGUAUUCGCAGGCGCGCCCGGGCCGCGCCGGUGCCGGGCCGCCGCCGCCGCCUGCCCCACGCUGCCUCGCCGCCGACGGGGGCGCGCUGGCCGCCCGUCUCAGCGUUCUGUUGCCGCCAAAUUUCAAGCUAUGGCUUCUAUUAUAUCGUUUGUGGAUUUUGUCAUGUAAGGAACCCAUCCGAUUUGUCCAAUAAAAUACUUGUCUUUA